ACUGGGUAUCGCGUGAUAAAGUCUUACAUACAAGCGUUCAUGCAGUUGCAGCCCGAAGAGCCGAAGGUAACAGUCGUCGCUGACGACGAGACAUUUGGUUAUGUUGUGUCUCCCAUAGGCAGAGGACAAGCAUCAAGAACGACAUGUGGUUCCGUCUGCUGACUGUGGCUGUUUCUCUGCUGGCAGUAUUGUCAUCCUUUGUCGAAUCCGGGCGUUCAUGUGAAACAGACGGUUGUGUCCAUGGUAACGGCCUUUUGAAGUGCCAGUCGUGCGAGAUUGGUUGUUGGGGACGAAACUGCAGUUCUCCAUGCUGGGACAACUGUCACAAAGACGGAUGUGACAGAAACACUGGACAAUGCUUCCUGUGUAAACCAGGGUUUUAUGGGGCACGGUGUGACAUCUCGUGUUCGCAGAGUUGCUCAGCCAGUCAUCAGGACGCUUUGUCAUACUGCGAUCAAGACACCGGUGAGUGUUAUAAGACCUGUCAACGAGACUCAACUGACACAAUCUGUGACGGGCGUUGUCCUCCCAAUUGCAGGGAUAACACAUGUGAUAUAGUUACAGCAAAAUGCGUGGUUGGGUGCGACUCGGGUUGGAACGGAGAUUUCUGUAACAACUCCUGCAGCAACUGUCUGAGUGGAAGAUGCAGCAGCAACGGUUAUUGUCUAGAUGGCUGCUCUCCAGGUUUCUAUGGCCAGUUGUGUGAACGAACGUGCCCUCAUUGCUGGUUUUCUGGCUGUGACAGACAGACUGGGGUCUGUGAACAGUGUCAGCCUGGGUACCAUGGGAUCCACUGUAACAAGAGGUGCCCUGACAAGUGUUACGCAGACCAAAGUGGUGACAAGAACUGUGACAGGGACAGUGGUAGAUGUUCUCAAGGCUGUGAGACCGGGUGGCACGGGUCCCACUGUAAGACAAAGUGCAGUCCACACUGCAGAUCUCAAUGUCUGAGUAUCGAUGGUUCCUGUGUUGACGGCUGUGUAAAAGGACAUUACGGCAAACAUUGCCACAGUACAUGUAUAACUUGUAAAGACAAUGACUGUGACCACCAAGGCCGCUGUAGGCAGUGUCCAGAGGGCGUUUAUGGAGACAAGUGUGACCAGCCUUGUCCGUUGGACUGUGACACGUGUAAUCGUGAGGGAAAUUGUGUAUAUGCAAUGAAUACAGAACCCAGUAGUUCCGCUGCCUCCCUGUAUUCUGACACAGUAGUAGCCCUCGGUUGCGUGUUGUACAUAAUUGCCACACGGGCUUAGGACCGACGUGAUGGAACAUUCGUUAUGGCCGAGACCUUACCUCUUGAGUGUGAGGCACUUCAAUCGGGUGUCUCUAGAUUUCAAGUUUGGUAGAGUCUCGGCUGUACAAUGGUUUAUCUGAGGUCUGUUGAUAUUUUUCUGUAUCUGAAAUAAAAAUAAUUGUCAUUAAAUCUUUGUACAUGUGUAUAUUUAUGAUAUGACUGGUCUUUAAUUCAUAUAUAUUUCUCUCAAGUUGGAAUAAAAUGUCAGAACAUCA